AUGGAUAGCAUAUACAAGACUGCUAAUAUUAAAGAUUUCUAUAAAUUAGAUAAAAUAUUGGGAGAGGGUAGUUAUGCAAUAGUGAGAAAGGCCAUUAGAAAAAGCGAUAACAUGGAAGUUGCUGUGAAAAUAAUAGACAAAGCAUCUCUAGAAAGCGAUGAUCAUUUGGCUAUCCAGAGUGAAGUGGAAAUAAUGAGUUAGAUUGAUCAUCCAAAUAUUGUUAAAGUCUUGGAAGUUUUUGAUGAUAAAUAGAAACUUUACAUUGUACUUGAAUUAAUGACAGGAGGUGAGCUUUUUGAUCGCAUAGUUGAAAAGGAAUUAUAUAAUGAAAAAGAGGCAGCUGAUGUCAUUCGACCAGUUGUGGAUGCCAUAAGAUAUUGUCACUCUAUGGGUGUUGUACAUAGAGAUCUUAAACCUGAGAAUAUUCUGUAUACAACCCCAGAUCCAGAUGCGACUGUUAAGAUCUCGGAUUUCGGAGUGGCCAAAGUUAUUUCUGAUGAAUUGAUGCUUACUGCCUGUGGAACUCCUGGUUAUGUCGCCCCGGAGAUUCUAACAGGCGUGGGAUAUGACAUGGCAGUCGACUAUUGGAGUAUUGGUGUAAUCCUUUAUGUGCUGUUGUGUGGCUAUCCUCCAUUUUACGAAGAGUCUAAUGAGAAGUUAUUCGAGUAGAUCAAAUCAGGCAAGAUAGACUUCUCAGGGGAAUAAUGGGAGAAAAUAUCUAAGGAAGCUAAAGAUCUAGUUGAGAAACUUCUGAAGGUUGAUCCCAAGCAAAGAUAUAAGGCUGAUUAGAUUUGCAAGCAUCCUUGGAUCACUGGAGAGAAGGCCUUGACUAAGGAUUUGUCUGAUGUGACUGAAAAACUUAGAGAAUUGAAUGCUCGUAGAAAAUUGAGACGUGCCCAAUUGAUGGUGUUGGCUACAACCAAACUUUAAAGACGUAUUCAAUAGCAUUAACAAAAAAAUUGAUUUGUUAAUUCAUUAAUGAACAUAUAUAUUGAUGUAUUUCAUCUA